ACGUGAUUUUUGACCCUCCCCGUGUGUUUCACCUUAUAGUGUUUAAAUAUUUCUUUUAAUUUUAAUUCUUGACGUGUCGAUUUUAUUCUAUUUUUAUUUAGUAGGCUUAUUUGCGAAAAUAAAAAAAGAACAAAAUAUUUGCUAUUUUUAGAGUAUAAGUUUUGUAUUUUAAAGAAAGAAAAUUACAAAAAUAUGCUUUGUAGGUUUUAAUUUUGCUUAGACAGUUAUUUAUUUUAAGAUUUUUUUUUCUUUCUUUUCAGUUAUCUAGAAUUAGUUAUUAAAUAUAUAUAUAUAUUUGUUUUUAUUUAUUUAUUUUUAUUUUUACAUUAAAAAAAAAAUAAUGAGCAAAUGGGAUUACACCACCUCAUCACAUAAUGACAAAGCUCCAUAACAAACCUUAUCACAAAAAUAAGAAAAAGGGGGUCACGUUUUUGGUGGAAACAUUUUUUCAUAAAAAGGGGAUAACAAAAAGGGGGCCCGCGGAUUUAGGGUCUGUUUUUGUGCACAAAGGAACACGUGAAUUGGGGGAUUAUUGUUAGGGGUGGGGACCACGAAGGGACCUAUAUCAUAUUCAAUCAAAAAAAAAAAAAACCAGGAGGAGCAUCGUUAAAUAUAGAGAGCAGCUUUGUUUUUUUUUUCGGGGGGGACUGCCUACUCUUUUGAUAGCAGUAGCCCACUAUACUUCUCUUCCAACACCUGAACUUUCAGCCGUCAUCCAACACCAUAUGAGCUCCACCAUUAGCUCAUCAUCUUCAUCUCCCUUAAACAUCCAAAGUUUAUGAAAAACAGAGUACCUUGAAUCCACUAUGAUUUCGGGUCUCGUAUCUCGUUUUUUGGGCUGAGUUAACGAGGUCGAGGUUGUUGUUUGAAGUCUUGCUUGGGGUUUCUGGCCGCUGGUUCCGCUCAAUGUCGCCGGUGAAAUAUUCGGGUCAAUAGCUUCAUCGAGUUCCUGUAACUUAAACAAAGAUUCAUCUAUACAAAGGUCCAUGGUCCUGUUUGCUUUCAAGUUUAGUCCGCAUUUUUCCUCUGUAAUCCAAUGCUUGGAGAUAUAAAUAGUUAUCAAUACAAUGAAGGAAGUUUUACGCCAUUAAGAGAAGAGUUAAGGUAAAAGUGGUUGGUUUGUGGCCAUACUGGCAACGCAUCAUUAUUUCACAAGGUCAAAGGGCAGUAUCGGAAUGACGGAAGGGACUUCGCUACCGAUGAUCAACAUAGGGGAUGAAACGGAACGGGUGGCUCAACAAGAAUCUGCCAUCGCCGAGGAGAAUAGAAUUCUCAGGCAACAAAUGAUUGAGAUGUUGCAAGGAUGGUCGAAUGGUCAACAACCUCCUCAGUCAAUCCCUGGGUUCCCCGACAUCACUUCCGUCGCACAGGCAUGCUCACAAGCACCGUUAUCUACUGCGGAAGACCCGGUAUACCCACCUGGGUUCGGUCAUUACACCAAUUUGCCGAAUACGGCGGAAACUUCUGUAGGUCGUCCUCCAAGGGUACCAAUCAGGACCGAUCAUUCCGGGAUUGCAACCACUGGGCCUGCCUACACAUACUCACUGUCUAACCCCAAUCAUGUUGCAAAUGUAAGACCCGUUUACACAAUACCGCCACCUGCGGUUAUGCAAAGGUCAAACCUUGUGCCACCAUCUGACAUCCGUCAAGAGCAGCAUUUUGCACCCGAUUUUGCAUUUGGGGCUCCUGAUCCUUAUCAUCAGACUCUACAUUUUAGUCCUCUAAUCGAUUCUGAAGGACCUGCUAAGAAUGCGGUUACGCAUCUUGGCCAUGAAUAUAGAGGUCCUGCUAAGAAUGCGGUUACGCAUCUUGGCGCUGAGUAUGGAGUUGCUACUAAGAAUGUAGAGCAUGACGAAAUGGUUAGGAAGAUGAAAAGUCUAGAACAAGCUAUGAAGAACUUGCAUGGAUCAGGAAGCUAUAAAAGCGUUUCAUACAGUGAUUUGUGUAUGUUCCCGAGUGUUCACUUACCUCCGGGGUUUAAGACACCGAAGUUUGACAAGUACGAUGGGCACGGUGAUCCCAUAGCUCAUUUGAGGAGAUACUGCAACCAACUGAGAGGAGCUGGGGGUAAUCAGGAAUUGCUCAUGGCUUACUUUGGGGAGAGUCUGACUGGUUUAGCUUCGGAAUGGUUUAUUGAUCAGGACAUUGUGAAAUGGCAUACUUGGGAUGAUAUGGCAAAUGAGUUCGUGCAACAAUUUCAGUACAAUAUUGAUCUGGUUCCUGAUAAAAAGUCUCUAACCAACCUGAAGAAGAAAGUUACCGAAAGUUUUAGGGAGUUUGCGGUUCGUUGGCGUGAACAAGCUGCAAGGGUAAAGCCACCAAUGAGAGAAGGAGAGAUGGUGGAGACUUUUCUCCAAGCACAAGAUGAGACAUAUUAUCAACACAUGAUCCCAGCCUUAGGAAAACCGUUCAUUGAGGCCAUUAAAAUGGGAGAAAUAAUAGAAGAAGGAAUCAAAACAGGACGCAUUGUCGGCUUUGCCGCGUUGAAGGCAACAACCCAAGCCAUUCAAAAUGGUUCAGGGAGUUUUGGUGGAAAGAAGAAAAAGGAAGACGUAGCUACGGUUGCGCCUGGGCUACGGCGAAACCCGAGGGGCCCGCCUCGCCAAUACACUCAACCCCAACCCCAACCCCAACCCCAAAACUACACCCAAGAUCCAUAUAAUUACCCACAACACUACUUCCCUCCCCAAAACCCACAAUAUUCUAUUCCGCCCCCUCAGUACCCCAUAUACAGUACGCAGCCAUAUGUCCAGCCCCCUUGUUACCCGCAAUGGCGUGCACCAACCCCGCAAGUCCGUCCUCCACCUCCACAGACUUACCAAGGCCCUCCCAGAUCCAAUUUUCGGCCCAGGCCGGAGUACAAAAGGGCAAAUACGGUCAACGAUAACUUUACCCCCAUUGGGGAAUCAUAUGCUGAUUUGUUUCAGAAGUUGAGGGCAUUAAAUGUUUUAAGCCCAAUUGAAGGAAGGAUCCCAAACCCUCCUCCGAAAAAUCUUGAUUACUCUCAAAGAUGUGCUUAUUGCUCUGAUACCCCGGGACACAAUAUAGAGAAAUGUUGGUAUUUGAAGAAAGCAAUCCAAGAUUUGAUUGAUACACAACAAAUUGUGGUGCAAAAUGCAGAUAUACCGAAUAUCAAUCAAAACCCACUACCAAAUCAUAAAGAAACAAACAUGUUGGAGUUGAUCUAUGGUAGUGAUGGGUCUGAUGUUCCAUACAAGCCUAUCAUGAAGAUUGAAGCAGGCGUGGAGAAAUCAGUAAAUGUGGCAGAUUCCGCAAAAAUAGCACCUUUGGGGUUAAAUGAGGUUACAAAGAGACCAAUCCAGUCAGACGCGAUGAAACCCUUAUUGAUUGUGAAGGGAGCUCCAGAGAAGGUUGGGGCAAGUCAGGGAAAACCAAAGUUGAUCGUGCCAGGGGUGUCGAGCAGGCCUAUUUUAACUGUCAAAGGGGCGUUCACCACUCCUAUCAUUAUUAAGCCAGUGACACAACUUUCAAUAGUUGAUGCUAAGGCGGUUCCCUGGAAUUAUAAUCAGACUAUGGUUACUUACCAAGGGAAGGAAAUCAUCAAAGAAGUAGACGAAGUAGGGGGCCUGACUCGUUCAGGAAGAUGCUUCGCUCCGGAAGAGUUAAGGAAAACCAAGCAGGUAAGGGAAGGCCAAAUACCCGUUAAGAAACCAGUAACAGAAGAAGAAGCUGAAGAGUUCUUGAAAAAGAUGAAAUUGCCAGACUAUUCCAUUGUGGAGCAAUUAAGGAAAACCCCUGCUCAAAUCUCUUUGUUGUCUUUAUUAAUACACUCAGAUGAACACCGCAAAGCUUUGUUGAAGAUUUUGAAUGAAGCUCAUGUCCCUACUGAGAUUACGGUUAAUCAAUUGGAGAAAAUUGCUGGGAGGAUCUUUGAGGUAAAUAGAAUCACUUUCUCAGAUGAUGAACUACCCGUUGAAGGUACUGGACAUAACCGAAGCCUUCAUAUUACUGUAAAAUGUGAGCUUUCCUAUGUCACGAGAGUUUUGAUUGAUGGGGGCUCUGGUGCAAACAUUUGUCCUCUGUCAACCUUACAAAAACUAAAUGUAAGUACUGAAAGAAUUCGACCAAAUAAUGUGUGUGUUAGAGCUUUUGAUGGAGCGAAAACUGACGCCAUCGGUGAGAUAGAUCUUGUGCUUACAAUAGGGCCUGGUGAUUUUACCAUAGAUUUUCAAGUAUUGAACAUCAAUGCCUCCUAUAAUAUGUUGUUGGGAAGACCGUGGGUACAUAUGGCUGGGGCAAUCCCAUCCACAUUGCAUCAGAUGAUCAAGUUUGAAUAUGAUAGGCAGGAAGUGAUCGUUCACGGUGAAGGGGAUUUGUCCAUUUAUAAAGACUCCACUGUUCCCUUUAUCGAAGUGGAUAAUGCUGAUGAAACACUGGUGUAUCAAGCUUCUGAUAUAGUGGUAGCUGAGCAGAUCCCUGAAGGGAAACCCAUUCUGAGACCGCAGUUGCCUCCAACAUCUGUUAUGGUGGUAAAUGAAAUGUUGAAAUAUGGUUUUGAGCCAGGAAAAGGCUUGGGGGCUUCUCUACAAGGUAUGGUUUAUCCGGUGUGUCCACGUGAGAGUCCAGGUCCAUUUGGUCUGGGGUUCAAACCAACGGCUGAAGAUAGAAAGAGGGUUAAAAAGCGAAAAAAAGAAGCAUGGUCACUUACUAAGCCUGUGCCACCAAUCUACAAGUCCUUCGUCAAGAAUACCAGCAGUUUUUCCCAGCCAGUACUGGAUGUGGAUUUUGGGUUGAUUGGGUGUUUCCAGAACUUGUUUGUUGAAGCUGAUAUGGUUGAAAUGGGAGGGGGUCCCAGUAACGCGGAUGUGCAGUUCAUUGGCCAUGAUGUCCAACUCAGCAAUUGGGAAGUCACUCCUCUCCCAACCAGGAAGGAGUUUUGUUCUGUUUGUGCUGGUUCUAAUGAUAUGACAUGCAUGCGGAAUUCUCAGCCAGAUUUUAAAAUCCGACCUAACCAUGAAACAAUGAACCAAGAAGUUGAAUAUGAUGAAGAAGAAGUAUUUCAGGAAAUAAGCAGGGAUUUGAAACACUUCGAAGAUAAAACGAACCCUAAUUUGAAUGAAACCGAAGCAAUCAAUCUAGGAGAUCAAGAUAAUGUCAGGGAAACUAAGCUAAGUGUGCAUGUUCAACCACAUUCCAAGAAAGAAUUAAUCCAGGCUUUGUUUAAAUAUAAGGAUGUUUUUGCAUGGUCUUAUGAUGAUAUGCCGGGUUUAAGUACUAAAUUGGUGGUUCACAAAUUGCCAACUGACCCCACAUUCCCUCCUGUGAAGCAGAAAUUAAGGAAACUAAAAUCAGACAUGAGUGUGAAGGUUAAAGAAGAAAUCGAAAAACAACUUGAGUCCAAAGUCAUCCGAGUCGCUCGAUACCCUACUUGGUUAUCCAAUGUUGUCCCCGUUCCGAAGAAGGAUGGCAAAACGCGUGUGUGUGUGGAUUAUCGUGAUCUAAACAAAGCAAGCCCGAAGGAUGACUUUCCAUUGCCCAAUAUCCAUAUUUUGUUAGACAACUGUGCUAAGCAUGAGAUUGCGUCUUUUGUAGAUUGCUACGCAGGGUAUCACCAGAUCGUUAUGGAUGAUGAUGAUGCAGAGAAGACAUCCUUCAUCACAGAAUGGGGUACAUAUUGUUAUCGAGUCAUGCCGUUUGGGUUGAAGAAUGCUGGGGCAACAUAUAUGAGAGCGAUGACCACCAUAUUUCACGAUAUGAUGCAUAAAGAAAUUGAAGUAUAUGUGGAUGAUGUGAUCAUUAAAUCAAGAAAGCAGUCUGACCAUGUCAAGGAUUUGGUGAAAUUUUUCGAAAGGCUUCGCAGGUACAAUCUUAAGCUCAAUCCAGCGAAAUGUAUAUUUGGAGUUCCGUCAGGGAAACUUUUGGGGUUUGUAGUCAGUCGGCGUGGUAUUGAAUUGGAUCCUGCAAAGAUCAAAGCUAUUCAGGAGUUACCACCGCCAAAGAACAAAACCGAGGUAAUGAGCCUACUUGGGAGGUUGAAUUACAUUAGUCGAUUUAUUGCUCAACUCACAACAACUUGUGAGCCCAUUUUUAAGUUGUUAAAGAAGAAUGCUGCGAUUGAAUGGACUGACGAAUGCCAAGAAGCGUUUGACAAAAUCAAGAGGUAUCUGUCGAAUCCACCUGUAUUGGUUCCUCCCGAGCUUGGGAGACCUUUAAUAUUGUACCUAUCAGUCCUGGACAAUUCCUUUGGUUGCGUAUUGGGUCAACAUGAUGUUACAGGCAAGAAGGAACAUGCAAUCUAUUAUCUCAGCAAGAAGUUUACUACUUAUGAGGCUAAGUACACUCAUCUAGAAAGGACGUGUUGCGCUUUGACUUGGGUUGCACAAAAAUUGAAACAUUAUCUUUCGUCCUACACUACUUAUCUUAUCUCCCGCUUGGACCCUUUGAAGUAUAUAUUUCAGAAACCCAUGCCCACGGGCAGGCUUGCAAAAUGGCAGAUAUUACUCACGGAGUUUGAUAUUUCGUAUGUGACUCGGACCGCGAUGAAAGCCCAAGCCUUGGCAGACCAUCUGGCGGAGAACCCAGUGGAUGAAGAAUAUGAGCCAUUGAAAACGUACUUUCCUGAUGAAGAAGUGUCAUGCCUCGAGGAGGUCAUUCCGGAUAACGAUCCGGGUUGGAAGUUGUUUUUUGAUGGGGCUGCUAACAGGAAAGGAGUUGGGGUAGGGGCCGUUCUUAUCUCAGAAUCAGGACAACAUUACCCUGUAACAGCCCAGCUUCGAUUUUAUUGUACCAACAACAUGGCGGAGUAUGAAGCUUGCAUUUUGGGUUUAAGGUUAGCUAUCGACAUGGGGAUUCAAGAAUUAUUGGUAUUGGGGGAUUCAGACUUGCUAGUCCACCAAGUUCAAGGAGAGUGGGAAACCCGUGAUUUGAAGCUUAUACCAUAUCACCAGUGUUUGCAGGAUCUUUGCAGACGGUUCAUAACAGUAAAAUUUAAGCACAUUCCUAGGAUUCAUAAUGAGAUUGCUGAUGCUUUGGCCACCUUGUCUUCAAUGCUCCAGCACCCAGACAAGGCUCACAUUGACCCUUUACAUAUACAAACUCACAAUCAACAUGCUUAUUGCAAUACAGUUGAAGAGGAACUUGACGGUGAGCCUUGGUUCCAUGAUAUUAAAGAAUAUACCGAGUCGGCGAAAUAUCCAGCACAUGCUACCAGUGACCAGAAGAGAGCUAUUCGACGAUUGGCAAACGGAUUUUUCUUAAGUGGAGGAAUUUUGUAUAAAAAGACUCCAGAUUUAGGACUUUUGAGGUGUGUAGAUGCUAAAGAGGCUACAACUAUCAUGACUGAGAUACAUUCAGGAGUUUGUGGACCGCACAUGAACGGGUAUGUUUUGGCAAAGAAAAUUCUUCGAGCAGGCUAUUACUGGCUCACCAUGGAGCGGGAUUCCAUCCGUUUCGUUCGUAGGUGUCAUCAGUGCCAGGUACAUGGCGACUUGAUACAUUCUCCUCCUUCAGAAUUGCACACAAUGUCUGCUCCAUGGCCUUUCGCAGCUUGGGGGAUGGAUGUGAUCGGACCAAUUGAGCCGAAAGCGUCCAAUGGGCAUAGGUUCAUUUUGGUGGCCAUCGAUUACUUUACAAAGUGGGUGGAAGCAGUAACUCUCAAGUCGGUGACUAAAAAAGCCGUGGUGGAUUUCGUUCAUUCCAACAUCAUUUGCAGGUUCGGGGUCCCGAGGACAAUGAUUACAGAUAAUGCGGCGAAUCUCAACAGUCAUCUGAUGCGUGAGGUAUGUCAGCAGUUUAAGAUUACACAUCGGAAUUCAACUCCAUAUCGUCCGAAGGCAAAUGGGGCUGUGGAAGCUGCUAAUAAGAACAUUAAAAAGAUACUGCGCAAAAUGGUGCAAGGUUCGAGACAAUGGCAUGAAAAGUUGCCUUUUGCUUUAUUGGGUUAUCGCACAACUGUUCGCACUUCAGUAGGUGCAACUCCUUAUUUGUUGGUAUACGGGACCGAAGCGGUUAUACCUGCAGAAGUUGAAAUCCCGUCCCUUCGAAUCACUGAGGAAGCCGGAAUUGAUGACGAUGAGUGGGUCAAAACCCGUUUAGAGCAAUUGAAUCUGAUUGACGAAAAGAGAUUAACAUCGGUAUGUCAUGGUCAAUUGUAUCAAAGGAGGAUAGCACGAGCACACAACAAAAAGGUGCGCCCCAGACAUUUUGAAGUGGGUCAAUUAGUGUUAAAACGGAUUCUUCCACAUCAGGCAGAGGCCAAAGGCAAGUUCGCCCCAAAUUGGCAGGGGCCAUUCGUGGUGAAGAAGGUUUUGCCCAAUGGUGCUUUGUAUCUGACAGACAUAGAAGGCACAAUGUCUGAAACUGCCAUCAAUGCAGAUGCAGUGAAAAGAUAUUAUGUAUGAUUUUCAUCUCCCUACCUUUGAUUUACUUGUUGGGUGCUUGAUAUUUUUAAGGGUUGAUAUGACGAAGGCAGUCUAUUCUGCUACCUAUACAUUAUGUCAUCCCUUGCUACCCCUUUUGAGCCAUAGUUUAUUUUUCUUUCGCAACCCUCGUUUGGAAUCAAGCUUUUCAUAAAUAUUAUUAUUAAAAAAAAAAAAAAAAAAAAAAACAGCAACAACAACAAAAUCAAAAAAAAAAAAAAAAAAAAAAAUCGGAACUACGUCUGACCUGAUUCUUGUCUAGACAAGAUACGUAGGCAACCCUAUUUUGGGGUUCGGUCCAACCAAAGAGAAUCCAAAAUUUCCCGUUUCGAAGAAACUGGGAUAGAAGUUAUUAUUUUCUUUUGAGUCGAUUCCAAACGUUGUAAGUUUCAUCCCUUAUUACUUUUGUAUUGUCUUUGAGCCUCCAUGCCAUCCUUUAUUUCCAACCCUAUCCAAAAGCCACGUUACAACCAAAUAAAAGACCUUCAGAUCAAUCAUUAAGAAUGUCAAGGCUGAGCAAGCUAUGAGUAUAAGGCAUUUGCAUCAUUGGCAUCACUUGUGGCAUCAGCAUAAGGGAGAUAGAAGAAAAAUGAAAAUGAGAGAGUCUUAUUGGUGAAAACCCUCACGGGCACCGUAAGACGAUUGUGAGUUGAGAGAAUUGAAAAUGAGAGUCUUAUUGGUGAAAACCCUCACGGGCACCAUAAGGCGAUGGUGAGAUGAAAAAAAUAUAUAAAAAAUGAGAGAGUCUUACUGGUGAAAACCCUCACGAGCACCAUAAAGCGAUGGGGAGUUGAGAGAAUUGAACAUGAGUGAGACUUGUUGGUCCACUAAUUGUAUGAAGGCCUUGAUUUUGACGCAGUUGUUGGGUGUAUACAUUCGGUUUCGAAGUCAAAGGGUUAGUAAGAGUUUAUGAAUAAUUAGGAUGGACAAAUCAGACUGAUUAAGCCAAAAUGCAUGUCAUAUCAUUGGAGCUGGCUACAACAUUCAGAUAAGUUUUCCCCAUUCUUUUCUUUCUCGAAGAGGACAUCCUUCUGUUAACCUCUUUUCAUCUUUAUCUUUUAUUUUGCUUUCGUCGUUUGGAUUUCAGGCUUUUUCUUCGAGUCAUUCUGUUGUGAGAUAAGUAAGAAAGGAUCACAAAACUUGCUACCAGUUUUCCCAAUUGCGAAGCAAAACAUCUUGGCUAGCACAUGAAGGUAACAUAAUUCAGUCGGCGUAAGAUACUCAACCAGCUGUCGACCAUUAAUAAGUUUUGGAUUCAGGGAAAUACAAGGUUCAAUAAAGUUUGAGUUAACGGACAUUAUGAAACAAGAGAUCUAUGGUCUGGUGUUGAAGUUACUUCUGAGACAUUUUGGAAACCAUGUUUGAGUCAGUAAUGCCGUGGGUCAACAGGAUGCGAUAACUGUCUAAAAGCAGAGACAAACAAGAUGAGUGCAAAAAGCAGUUGCUUUCACAGACAAGCCAUAAACCAACCACAAAGUUUUGAAACUCACAAAUUUUUCUUUGUUUGAAACAGGGACAUAAAAUUUUAUUCGCUGCCUGCAGGUACAUUCUGAAAAAUGCAAGGCGCAAGUAUUACGAGGACAAAACUCAGGACCCUCCUGGAAAAUGGGAUUUAGGUUAUCAGGACCCUCCUGGAAAAUGGGAUUUAGGUUAUCAGGACCCUCCUGGAGAAUGGGAUUUAGUUAUCAGGACCCUCCUGGAAAAUGGGAUUUAGUAAUUCAGGACCCUCCUGGAGAAUGGGAUUUAGUUAUCAGGACCCUCCUGGAAAAUGGGAUUUAGUUAUCAGGACCCUCCUGGAGAAUGGGAUUUAGUUGUCAGGACCCUCCUGGAAAAUGGGAUUUAGUAACUCAGGACCCUCCUGGAGAAGGGGAUUUAGUUAUCAGGACCCUCCUGGAGAAUGGGAUUUAGGUUAUCAGGACCCUCCUGGAGAAUGGGAUUUAGUUAUCAGGACCCUCCUGGAAAAUGGGAUUUAGUAAUUCAGGACCCUCCUGGAGAAUGGGAUUUAGUUAUCAGGACCCUCCUGGAAAAUGGGAUUUAGUUGUCAGGACCCUCCUGGAAAAUGGGAUUUAGUAACUCAGGACCCUCCUGGAGAAGGGGAUUUAGUUAUCAGGACCCUCCUGGAGAAUGGGAUUUAGUUAUCAAGACCCUCCUGGAAAAUGGGAUUUAGUUGUCAGGACCCUCCUGGAAAAUGGGAUUUAGUAACUCAGGACCCUCCUGAAGAAUGGGAUUUAGUUAUCAGGACCCUCCUGGAAAAUGGGAUUUAGUUGUCAGGACCCUCCUGGAAAAUGGGGGUUAGUUCAUCAAGACCCUCCUGGGAAAAGGGGGUAUAGUUAAGGGACGCACUUCCUAGUUAGUACAUUUGAUUUUACUUCCAUAAUUAAAUUAUUUUAUAGUUUAUAAUUUUGCUAACACUCACCAAAAAAUUUCCUGGUAUGAACUAGGAUAGGAAAUUUUGUUCGUGUUCGUUGUUUUUGGUAAUUUGCAGGACCCGCCUGAAGAAUGGGAAGCAAGUCAGGACCCGCCUGAAGAAUGGGAAACAAGUCAGGACCCGCCUGAAGAAUGGGAUGAUCAGGAACCCGCCUGGAGAAUAGGGCCACCUUUCAAUUUCAAGUUCAGGAACCCGCCUGGAGAAUAGGGCCACCUUUCAAUUUCAAGUUCAGGAGCCCGCCUGAAUAAUAGGGUCAACAUUCAACUGCUUUUCAAUUUCAAGCUCAGGAGCCUGCCUGAAGAAUGGGGUGUACUUUGGGUUGCUUUCAAGUUCAGUCAGAAGUAGCACGAGUCCCGCCUGGAGAAUAGGGAUGACUUUAAAUUUAAAGUUUAGAAACAAGCAUGAAGGUUCAAGUCAAGAUUCAAGAGAGGCUGCAUAGAUAGGGUCUUGUACUUGUAUUUUCUUUUUAACUUUUAUCUUUCAUUUGAUGUAAUAAUAGGACCGCGGACCGGAGCCUCGACAGGACCUCGCUCGACUAUUCACCUCAAUAUGUUUCAUCUCCCUUCUUACUCUUGAACUACACGUGACCUAAUUCCCUUAUAACCCGGGAUAUGUAGGAUGCCCAAAACCAGGGCUCGGUUGCAUUAUCUUCUUUCUUUCCCUUCCUUUUAGAACAACGGUAGGGUUAAACUAGUCUCUUUGUCUACUUGUUUGUUUGAAAACUCUUCGUGUUCCCAAUCAAACAGGGACAGCUGUAGACACGUGAUUUUUGACCCUCCCCGUGUGUUUCACCUUAUAGUGUUUAAAUAUUUCUUUUAAUUUUAAUUCUUGACGUGUCGAUUUUAUUCUAUUUUUAUUUAGUAGGCUUAUUUGCGAAAAUAAAAAAAGAACAAAAUAUUUGCUAUUUUUAGAGUAUAAGUUUUGUAUUUUAAAGAAAGAAAAUUACAAAAAUAUGCUUUGUAGGUUUUAAUUUUGCUUAGACAGUUAUUUAUUUUAAGAUUUUUUUUUCUUUCUUUUCAGUUAUCUAGAAUUAGUUAUUAAAUAUAUAUAUAUAUUUGUUUUUAUUUAUUUAUUUUUAUUUUUACAUUAAAAAAAAAAAUAAUGAGCAAAUGGGAUUACACCACCUCAUCACAUAAUGACAAAGCUCCAUAACAAACCUUAUCACAAAAAUAAGAAAAAGGGGGUCACGUUUUUGGUGGAAACAUUUUUUCAUAAAAAGGGGAUAACAAAAAGGGGGCCCGCGGAUUUAGGGUCUGUUUUUGUGCACAAAGGAACACGUGAAUUGGGGGAUUAUUGUUAGGGGUGGGGACCACGAAGGGACCUAUAUCAUAUUCAAUCAAAAAAAAAAAAAAACCAGGAGGAGCAUCGUUAAAUAUAGAGAGCAGCUUUGUUUUUUUUUUCGGGGGGGACUGCCUACUCUUUUGAUAGCAGUAGCCCACUAUACUUCUCUUCCAACACCUGAACUUUCAGCCGUCAUCCAACACCAUAUGAGCUCCACCAUUAGCUCAUCAUCUUCAUCUCCCUUAAACAUCCAAAGUUUAUGAAAAACAGAGUACCUUGAAUCCACUAUGAUUUCGGGUCUCGUAUCUCGUUUUUUGGGCUGAGUUAACGAGGUCGAGGUUGUUGUUUGAAGUCUUGCUUGGGGUUUCUGGCCGCUGGUUCCGCUCAAUGUCGCCGGUGAAAUAUUCGGGUCAAUAGCUUCAUCGAGUUCCUGUAACUUAAACAAAGAUUCAUCUAUACAAAGGUCCAUGGUCCUGUUUGCUUUCAAGUUUAGUCCGCAUUUUUCCUCUGUAAUCCAAUGCUUGGAGAUAUAAAUAGUUAUCAAUACAAUGAAGGAAGUUUUACGCCAUUAAGGUCCACUUCUUACUUUUCCUCUUUAUUUUUUAUUAUUACUAGUUCAUAUAUGUCUGUUGGAUUUUCGUUUUCCUCUUAGUUAUUUUUGAGCCGUUGAUUUUGCAUAAUCUUCGUUUCUGUGUAAGUUUGGAUCAUGCUGAUGUUUAAAUGGGGUUAUAAUACCUUCAUGGACCUUUAUUUGAACUACUGGAUAUAAAGUGUUUUGCUGGGUCUUUA